UCCAUGUUUGUGGAUCAGGAUCUGACAACUCUGACUUCCAUCCCAUGGACCUGCUGUCUGGCGGCAUCACUGAGUACCGGUUUGGAAGCUUCAAGUAUCGGGGCGUCUUUUGUGACGUGGCUCAGUGCACACGGCUGGAUACCGAACACCCGGUAUUGGUCAAGAUCUUGAAGAAGACGGCCACAGACUCCCAGCAGCCCAACAGAGAGCUGGACGUUCUGAAGAGGAUCCGAGGACUUGACCCCCUCCACAUUGUCAGGUUCCUUGAUGACUUUGACUGCAAAGGGCAAACUUGUCUAGUUUUUGAAACGCUGGACAAGAGCCUUCACAAGCUGUUGAGGGAGAGACGUGGAGAACCUCUGUCACUUGGGGAAAUCAGACCCAUUACACAGCAGGUACGUGGAUUUGAUGAUUCCAUCACCAAACAAUGUCUACUGAUUUACAGAACAUAUCAAGCCAACAUAUAACCAACAUCUGAACAACCAGAUUCAAUCUUUGUUUCUUCUUCUGGUCCUGCAGCUGCUCUCAGCUCUCUGCACUCUGAAGACUGCUGGCAUCGUUCACAGAAACAUCAACCCACAUACUGUGAUGUUGAUGAAACAGGAAGACCAGCAGAACUUCACAGUGAAACUUACUAGUUUCAACUCAGCCAUCCCAGUUGGUGAAGUGAAGAGCAGCUCCGUCAAGCAGCUUGUUGGAUACAGGUGUCCUGAUGUUCUUGUGGGUCUACCCAUCUCUGAGGCAGUGGAUAUGUGGUCAGUGGGUGCUGUUCUGUCCACCUUGUUCCUCGGCAGCCCGCUGUUCCCUCAGAGGUGUCAGUAUCACCUGAUGAAGAUUUUGGUGGAGACUCUGGCUAACCCAGAGAAUGAGCUUCUGAGUGAAGGCCCCAACAACCAGCUCUACUUCAAGUCCACGGAGCACACAUGGACACUGAAGCUGGAUCCAGAUGUGGACAGUUAUGAGAUCAAACUGUUCGCAAGCCUCCUAAAGAAGAUGCUGCAUCUGAAUCCAGAGAGCCGAAUUUCACCAAGUGAGGCUCUGCAACACCCGUUUCUGUUCUACAGCAAGGAGGACAACAGCUCUCAUGACAUGGUCUCAGCUCCCUCCGAGGCUGCGGCCUCCUCUUCGGGUGACACCGUUUCACCUCCUGAUGAGGGUUCAGAGAGCUCUGCCUCAGAUGAAGCUGCUUUUUUGGCCGACGCUGCCACCUCCUCUACGGGUGACACUGUUUCAGCUCCGAGUGAGCCUUCAGAGAGCUCUACUUCAGAUGCAGCUGCUGUCGUGGCCGACGCUGCCGCCUCCUCUUCGGGUGACACCGUUUCACCUCCUGAUGAGCCUUCAGAGAGCUCUGCCAUACUGGACACAGAGACAACUUGUGCAGAAGAACAUCCAGCAGAGUCUCCAGAAGCAGAUCUUAAUGAGUCUGCGGUCUCCUCUGCUUCACCCAUCACCGUUCAGACUGACCUGAAUGACGCUGUUUCAGCUGAUCAAGGUCCAGCAGAAACUCCCACUACUGCUGAACUGAAUGGUGAAGUGGUGGCUGAAGCUCCUGACACCAGAAAGGCUCCGAGGAGGCCUCUGAAAAGAGUGACGUAUUUCCUGUCACCCAUGGAGGUCACGUGUUUCCUGUCAGCCUUGGAGAUUGGAGGUCUGCAUCCAGGAUCUGACAACUCUGACUUCCAUCCCAUGGACCUGCUGUCUGGCGGCAUCACUGAGUACCGGUUUGGAAGCUUCAAGUAUCGGGGCGUCUUUUGUGACGUGGCUCAGUGCACACGGCUGGAUACCGAACACCCGGUAUUGGUCAAGAUCUUGAAGAAGACGGCCACAGACUCCCAGCAGCCCAACAGAGAGCUGGACGUUCUGAAGAGGAUCCGAGGACUUGACCCCCUCCACAUUGUCAGGUUCCUUGAUGACUUUGACUGCAAAGGGCAAACUUGUCUAGUUUUUGAAACGCUGGACAAGAGCCUUCACAAGCUGUUGAGGGAGAGACGUGGAGAACCUCUGUCACUUGGAGAAAUCAGACCCAUUACACAGCAGAUUCAAUCUUUGUUUCUUCUUCUGGUCCUGCAGCUGCUCUCAGCUCUCUGCACUCUGAAGACUGCUGGCAUCGUUCACAGAAACAUCAACCCACAUACUGUGAUGUUGAUGAAACAGGAAGACCAGCAGAACUUCACAGUGAAACUUACUAGUUUCAACUCAGCCAUCCCAGUUGGUGAAGUGAAGAGCAGCUCCGUCAAGCAGCUUGUUGGAUACAGGUGUCCUGAUGUUCUUGUGGGUCUACCCAUCUCUGAGGCAGUGGAUAUGUGGUCAGUGGGUGCUGUUCUGUCCACCUUGUUCCUCGGCAGCCCGCUGUUCCCUCAGAGGUGUCAGUAUCACCUGAUGAAGAUUUUGGUGGAGACUCUGGCUAACCCAGAGAAUGAGCUUCUGAGUGAAGGCCCCAACAACCAGCUCUACUUCAAGUCCACGGAGCACACAUGGACACUGAAGGUAUGGAAGCCUGUCCUGCACAGAGUUCUUUGACAUUUAGCCAAAACCAAUGAAGUUGUUUUUCUGCUUUUAACAUAUCAAAUACAUUCUCUUGUUGAUUGUCUGAACAUGGAAAUGCUGAUUUCUAACAUGUGUGCUGUUUUGAACAACCAUUAAAUCUUUUUUUUCCAAAUGCAGCUGGAUCCAGAUGUGGACAGU